GUGAGUCGAUCAGCCAUGGAACAAGAGAGCGUUACUGCACACACAGAGGCACAAAAACACUCGCUCACAAUCCCGCGGCACUGCUCACCUGAAACCGGAGAAAUGACUCCGGCAAGAUGAGCCUAUAGCGAAAAACCCACACCAACGCCCUCUGCUGCAGCUCACCACAGUGAUGGAGACGAUGACGAUGGUGAUGACAGCGAUGGCUCCGGUGGAUGUGCUUCCUGUUUUUAACUAGUCUCUCUUGCAGGUCCUCGUGAAUGAUCACAGGCUACUGUUUGUCGUACAGCCAGGAUUGGGGCUCAAGUAUAUCGGCUCCUUCUCCCCCUGUAAGGACCGAGGACCCGGCUACAUUUAAGGAAGACCCGACAAACCCUUUAUUCUGAUUAACCCUGCUGCAUACUGAAAUCGACAUUCUGAAGCACGUGAUCUUGAGCUGAAGGAGCUUCAUCUGCGGCAGUGUUGAGUGCUUGCGGAGGAGCUGGAAUAGUAUGCUCCAGCUGGGAGGGACCAAGUGCAGCUUUCUACUGUGCCUUGGGAUCAGUAUUGUGAUCUGCUCAGCUAUCUACCUGAGGGCCAGGGUGCCUACAGAGCCCCAGCCCCAGGGAGGGUCUCUUGGCUGCAGGCCAUUCUCCAACAACUGUAGAGCUUUUCUUCCUGGUAGUGAGGAAGGAGCGGAAUGGCACCGUCACGACUGCCAGGUGGAAAGUUAUAUUCUGAACUCUCAUCUGGACUGCUCCGAUUUGAUCAGGGAUCUCCACUUCAUCACGAGACCUUUGAGCCUCGAGGAGGAGAGCUACCCUUUAGCUUUCAUCUUGACUGUCCAUAAGGAGCUGGAGCUGCUUGUGCGUCUAUUGCGGGCAAUCUACACUCCGCAGAAUGUCUACUGCAUUCACGUGGAUGCCAAGUCCCCCCGGGAGUACCAGGAGGCCGUCCAGAGGUUAGUUCACUGCCUUCCCAAUGCGUUCACCUCCAGCCGCAGUGAGACAGUAACGUACGCCGGGUUCUCUCGCCUCCAGGCAGAUGUGAACUGUAUGAAGGACCUGGUGAGGUCCAAGGUGCGCUGGAGGAAGGUGGUGAACCUGUGCGGGCAGGACUUUCCCGUGAAGAGCAACCUGGAGCUGGUGCGUUACAUGCAGAGCAAACUGUGGAGGGACCGGAACAUGACCCCAGGUGUCAAGCAGCCUAAGACCAUGGGGUACAGGACUCAGCUCCAGUAUAUGGAGAUCGUAGGGUCACAUGUGGCCCAAAAAGGCAAGGGGCUGAAGAAAGGCCCUCCACCUCACCGUUUGCAGGUUUAUUUUGGCACAGCCUACUAUGCUCUGACGAGGGACUUUGUGAACUUUGUGUUGGAGAGCCCGCUGGCCAGAGACCUGCUGGAAUGGUCAAAAGAUACCUUCAGUCCAGAUGAGCACUACUGGGUGACGCUCAACCACAUCAAAGAAGCUCCAGGGAGCAAUAUAGAUGGCGGCUGGAGUGGCGCAAUCCGUGCUAUCAAAUGGAGGGAUCAAGAGGGAAAAGUUCACAAUGGCUGCAAAGGGCGCUACGUGAGAGACAUCUGCAUCUACGGGCUGGAAGACCUGCCGUGGAUCAUAGAAAGGAACAGCAUGUUUGCCAACAAGUUCGAGAGCAGCACUUUCCCCGAGGCGUUGGACUGUCUGGAGCAGUGGCACAAGAACAAGGUGCUGAGGCAGGCCAUGGUGCCCAUACAGCCAUCAUGGCUGCUGGCUACUAUGGUCAACUCGAACACCAGCAGUUACUGCAACAGCAGCAGUCAAACCCUAUAGAGCAAGCAUGUUCCCUGACCACAAGCUAAGCUGUACAAAAGCCAAGGUCAAGUUUAGCUGCCUUUUUCUUCUGACGGCAGUGAAUGUAGCUAACUCAGUGAAGUCAAAGACAAAACUGAGAAUGAUACAAUAACGCACUGAACAGACAAUGGACUGUGUAGGGUUGCUAUUACUAAUGGACUCGAUUUUCAUACUCAUGACUUUCAGGUGGCUGAUCUUUUUGCUUAUCCAAGUACAGCUGGUGUAUAGGAUCACUUUGGAGGGUCACUAGCGUCUCUGAAACUUGAUCAAUGCUGGGGUGAAGUCUCAAGACCUAGUAACUAGGUGGUUAGGUCGAUAGAGUCAGGACCAUCUUGGCUGUUUGAAAGGAGGGAAUGGAUUUCUCUGGGGACUUAGUCUAGCUAAACAACGUGAAACAUCCGUGUACAGUACUAGAGCAUGCAACAUUAACAACAUGAACAGAAACGUCAUCAUUCCUUAACAACUUCCUGGCAGGAUUCACAAACAAGAAUGCAGAACACCUCCUGGAAUAGUGGUCAAUCCCACUCAGGUUAAGGACUGUAUUGAAAUUCGUUAGACUAAACGAGAAGCUAUGUUGAUCCAGGAGAGAAGUUAGGACUUUCUACCCGGCUAUUUAAGGUCACAAUCUUUCCCUGGGAAGCAAACUCCAGAAGCGUGGUAAAAUUUUGGGUGGGUGGGGGGUGAGGUGGGGGGUAUUGAAGGUAGAAAUGUAAACUAAUAGUUUUAAACUGCAUAGCAGUCUCAGGUUGGAUACCAACUGAGGCUGUAAAUACAAACGCUAUAGGCAGUAGAAGAAAAAGGAAAAAAAAAAAGAAGUGCCAUCAAAUAGGGGACAAUCAGGCCAUAUCUACAACACAGCAGCAAGCUAACAUUUACAUUCCUCAGUAAUCUUACAGCGCUGAUAGUGAACUAGAGAACUUACUGACAUGUCUACUUUGGCCUGAUAUGCUCCGUGGUAUAAAUAGGCUGUGCAUAUCUCCAGGGGCAUGGGGGACAGGGAGGGUGACGCAACCUCAAUCACAUGAAAGAAUACAAAUCCUGUCUUUGUAAAUAUACACACUCGCAACUGUAAAUACACACUUCCUGCGUCACACUAUUCCCUUUGGAGAUCUGCUGUCUCUUGUCACUAUACGGUUGCAAAGUUUACAGCGCACGGGGGUGUAGGAUGCUGCAGUAGAGAGCUUGCAUUUUGUCAUCUCCACCUGCCUGUUGUUUUCCUCAUCGCCCGCUUUUGCUACAUUUGUAGCCCACUUUCAACAGUCGAGUUAGGUGAAAGAAAAGAAACGAGGACAAAGGUUAUCGUGCUUAUUGAAUCGAUGGAAUUAAGACGUCUGAGUUAGCCAGGGUAAUAAAUCAGAGUCUAAGGAAAAACACUCGGUUGGCUAAUAUCCUGUUCAUAUGACAGAGAAUAAUACACAGUCAAAAUAAUUCCUACACAGCUAAUUCCAUGCAUGGAGCUAGCGGGACCCCACUAAUCGCCUCCCUCCACCUGCCGCUUGGCGACAUUACUAGUUACCAUCUAUAGAUGUGAAAACACUGCCAGAUGUUGCUGAGAUUAACACUGGAACGACCGGGAUUUCACUCCUACCUAAAACGGCCACGGGCGGUCAAAUUGAUGGCGGGUUUUGAAACUCUAUAUUCUGUCAAGAUAAAUACCCAGUUGAGAUAUUAAUGCAUUACAUAUGUUAGUAUGUCUGUUAAAAAAAAAACUAACUGACACCAAAAUUAAAAUUUUAACAACUUUUAAUACUAUUUUUCAGACAAUUUAAAAUGGUCACUGCCCAACGGCUGUAAAUACUGCAAUGCCUCAGUGGUGUUUCUAGGGCACAGCAAUGAACUUCAUGAAGGAAACGACGUGACCAACACAUGUCAUAAAUAGUGACAUGACGCACACGAUCACACACAAAUUACGUGUGGUCAUUUUGACCGCUCAUGGUUGUUUUAGGUGGAUCUUAUAACUUCUUUUUUUUUUUCAGCUGAUCUAAAACUCAAUUUAAUGCAAAUAUAUUUUAGGAGCAUUCACGGAGCGGCAGGUCCGUAUCUCUUUUUUUAAGCAGAGCUAUUAAACUUCGAAAAUUCAAAACCGUCAAAAUGACGACUGUGGUUGUUCCAGUGUUAAGCCAUGCAAAACAUGCCGCACUCAAACGCUGACUGGACCAAAAUCAAGAGUUUUACUUUUCUGAGUUUUACACAGGCAUUUCUUGCAUCACACUCAAUCCAACUAAAAACUGCAAAAGGUGAGAACGGGUGUUUUACUGGACACUGUAAAUCCAACUGCUGAUAUUGACGAGUUACUUUUAACGUUUUUCAUUUGUUGCAUUUUCCAAUGGGUUUGACUGUAGGGGGGGGAAAGACAAUUAAAAAUAUGAUUUACGACUAUGGACCAAACAGGGAAGGUCAUUAAUCCGCAGGGUGUCUGUGCAAAUGACUGAAACUUUUAUAUACACGGCAGAAUCUGAUGGACCCGUAAGCCUGUGAUUUUUCCAAGACUAUUCAACAGCGUCCCACAUUUUUCUUUUCAGGACUGGAGGACUGGUUGUUAAACCUCAUAUUUAUUACAGAAUUCACAGGUACUCCGAGUUUCUUCUGUAAGUUUCCUCGCAACGUAAUGUGUUGUGAGGAAACUUUUGUUGUUAAGUUGUAACUUACAACAUAACAACACAAAAUUACAAAUGUUAUGUUGUAACUUAUGUUGUACAACUUCUGUUGUUCAUGAUUUUGGCUGGCUCGACAACCCUGUGUCUGUUUUGUUCAAUUAAUUAAAAAAAAUUUAAAAAAAAA